AUGCCACCCAUCAAGAUCGCAGUAAUUGGAGUUGGUCUCAUCGGUCCCAGGCAUGCGGAGACAGUGGCUGCAAGUCCAAAUGCAUCAUUGGCAGCCAUCGUUGAUCUUAUGCCAACAGGAAAAGCACUUGCUACGAAACUCAAUGUGCCAUAUUAUCAGACAGUUAGUGAUCUGCUCGAGUCGGCAGAUAAGCCCGACGGUGCAAUUAUUUGCACCCCCAAUCACACACAUGUCGCGGUUGGCCUCGAGUUAGCUCGUGCUGGUGUCAACAUUCUGGUCGAAAAGCCAAUUAGCAUCGACAUUGAAAGUGGUCAGGAACUUGUACGCACAGCGCACGAAGCUGGGGUUCGGCUGUUGGUUGGACAUCAUCGUCGAUUCAACUCAUAUAUGCUAGCUGCGAAGAAGACUCUCGUGAGUGGAGAAUUGGGGGACUUGAUAGCCAUAAAUGGCAUAUGGUCGACGUACAAGCCUUUGGACUACUUUGACCCACCUACAGAGUGGCGGAGGGCAAAGACAGGUGGUGUCAUACUCAUCAAUAUGAUUCAUGAGAUCGAUCUGAUGCAUUAUCUGUUCGGUCGGAUCACUCGAGUGUAUGCGGAACCGAUACCUUCACGGAGAGGAUUCGAUGCUGAUGAAGGAGCGGCCAUCACAUUGAGAUUCGAGUCAGGUGCUGUGGGAUCUUUCCUCUUGUCAGAUAAUACACCAUCACCCCACAACUUCGAGGCGGGCACUGGUGAGAACCCUCUGAUACCAAAAGUAGGAGAGGACUUCUACCGCAUCUUUGGUUCGAACGCGAGCUUCAGCAUCCCAGAUAUGACCGUGUGGUCCUAUGGGAGUGAUGCCACCAAAUCCUGGCACUCUCCAAUGAGCAAAGAGCAGAUCAAGGUUGAUGCGAUAACGCCAUUCGUAUCACAGCUGGAGCACUUCGUUGCAGUCAUCCAGGGCAUAGAGGAGCCGAGCUGUAGUGGUGCUGAUGGGCUGUCUGCUCUGAUAGUCUGUGAAGCACUGAAGAAAUCGCUUGAGACUGGAGCUCCCGUCACGAUUGAAUUUCCCAAAAUAUGA